AUGGUUUUUUUUAGCUUGGAUCCAAACGAAGAUCCAGUGACAGGCCUGGAACGAGUGGCUUCCCUGUCGUGCUUGAGCGCCGAAGAAAGGCGUCAGCGUCGUCAGCAAAUGGAGCGUGAGUUUGAGGAAUCUCGUCAGCGUCAACGGUGUGCAAUCAAAGAUGCAGAAGCAGUCUCAUCACGAUUCGAAAGUUUAAACUACGAAAUUCUGGAGAAUGACCUUUAUCGUGCCGAAGAAAAGGAGCCUGGCCAUCAGGAAUCUCGUCAGCGUCAACGGUGUGCAAUCAAAGAUGCAGAAGCUGUCUCAUCGCGAUUUGAAAGUUUAAACUACGAAAUUCUGGAGAAUGACCUUUAUCGUGCUGAAGAAAAGGAGCCUGGCCAUCAGCAAAAACUGUUCCGACAAACUGUGAAUCGAUGGGUGGUGUGUUUUUUCAUUGGUGUUCUGACGGGCUGUGUUGCUGCGGCGAUUGAUAUUACGAUCUAUUACAGUAGUCAAAUUAAAUUUCAUCUAAUCAUUAACAAUUGUAAGUGUUUUUUUUUUCUUGCUGAAUUUUUGGAUCCCUUCUUUUUCUUGUAUUCGAACCGACAACUCUGA